AUGGGUGCUACAAAUUACGCGCCAUACUUUCAUUUGGGUGACAUAAGGGUGUCUACGGGUGACUCCGGGUCUAUAUCGGCGCCCGAUUGCGGUCUCGCGAGAGAGGACUUUAUAGUGGGCGGCGAAAGGGCGGCCGUCGGGUCGCAGCCAUGGAUUGCUGCCAUUUAUUACAACGGCCAGCACUGGGCGGCCGCCGUCAUUGUGACCGAGUGGUGGCUCAUAACAGCUGCCCACAACAAUGAACACGUACAAUUUACAGAAUCGCAAGACCCGGGCGCGUAUUCAAUCAAGGUGGGCAGCAAUAAUCGUAUUAACGGGGAAUCAUACAAAGUGAGCAGAAUAAAAGUUCACGAAAAAUAUAACAUGCUAGGUCAACAGGACUCGGACAUCGCAAUGUUUAAAGUGCAUUCAGCUAUCAAAAUGAAACCAACCGUUCAACCCAUAUGCAUGCCUACCACCCCAUACGAAGAGCCCCUAAAUGAUAGUUUGACCGUGUCCGGUUGGGGCAAAUUAAACUACCUGGAUGGCGAUACACCCACCGAGUUGAUGGUCGAGCGAUUGGAUAUGUAUCCCAUUGAAAAGCCGGGGAACUCUUGUUGGUCUGACAACGAAUAUCCGGUGGUUAACAUAAAGUCGUAUUUCUUGAAUGUCGGCGGAUAUCGUGUAUUAGCCGUACGUAUGAAUCGGUAUUUGCAGAUGAGAUGCGCGACAGCAGUCUUGGCCUCCAUUAACGCAAACCUCAUUCCCACACAAUUUCGGGGUCCCGUUCCGAACGGCAUAUAA